AAAUGCCAACAUGUCAAAAAACAUUAAUGAAGAAUUUUCGGUUUAAGCUUAUUUUAAAAUAAAAACUAAUAUUUAUUUGCAAAAAGCUUUAUCAAAAUAUGGCGAAAAAUUUUUCUCAGUUUUUUGCACAAUUAGUGAUCCAAAAACAUAGCACGUUUCCAUCAUUGAGGUUAUAUGCUAGAUGGAUGAAUAGGAAUCCGGCUAAAGUAUUAUUGCCUUUUGAACCUACUGCAAAUCCUUCUCUCAAGAAAGAAAAAGUGAUAAGUUUAGAUCCAGAGAUACUUACAAAAACGAAAGAAAUUAAAACGUCUGAGCUACCUACACAGCAAGAAUCGUACAAAGAUACAAAAGUAGGGGAUAUAAAACAAAAUCCAACACAGAAAUUGAAAUUCAAGAAAAUUAAAUCUGAAAGAGAGGAAAAGUUGAAAAAACGUUUAUUUUACCUUAGUCAAAAGAAAGUAUUUGAUGAUAACAAUGAGUUAAUAUAUGAAAAAUUAAAGGAGAAUGAUGGUAGACUCAGUUCUCUCCUAGUGAAAUUGAAGUCCAAAAAAGAUCGUCAACGCUUAGGACAAGUUCUUGUAGAGGGUUGGCGAUUAGUUGAAGAAGGAUUACAUGCGAAGUGUAAAUUAAAAUAUGUUAUAUUCAGUCAGCUAGAAGAUUUGAAUAAUUUGAGACCAUAUUUACCUAAAACUGGAACAGUACUAUAUAAAAUACCUUACAAAGAAAUUGAAUUGUGGUCAGAUGUGGAAACUUCUUCAGGAAUAUUUGGAGUAUUUGAAAUGCCAAAACCAGAAAAUAUGGUGAGACCUGCUCAACCUUUGCCUUUAAACUUUAUUUGUGACAAUAUCAGGGUGCCUGGAAAUCUAGGUGCCAUACUGCGAGUGGCAGUGGGUGUAGGAUGUGAAAAAGUAUUACUCACUAAAGGAUGUGUUGAUCUUUGGGACCCUAAAGUAAUAAGAAGUGCAGCAGGUGCUCACUUUCGAUUACCAAUUCAUCCAUCUGUAGAGUGGCAGGAAAUGUCCAAUUACCUAGAGCAAGAAACUUCGAUAGUAGUUGCCGAUAGUAAUGCAAAAAUAGAUGAUAUUGAGGAUCAUACAGAAUUUAAGGAAGUCUCUCAGGAGCUGCAAAUUCCAGUUGUGCCAUAUUAUGGAGUGGAAUUUGCAAAUAUGAAGCAUAUAACUUUAAUAAUAGGAGGAGAAACUGAAGGCAUAAGCAGAGACAGUUAUCACUUAGCAGCUACAUCAAAUGGAUUAAGACUGAAUAUACCUUUACAAAGAGGUAUUGACAGUCUAAACACUGGUAUGGCUACUGCAAUCAUAGCAUUUGAAAUUAGAAAGCAACUCAUAAAAGCUUGGACCAAAGCUAAACUCGAGAGACAAAAUGUUCUUAGCAGCUAGAAUUUAAGACUUUAUCUUGAUCCCUAUCACAUAAGAAGAUAAUAAAUGUAGAUUUUUAAUGU